AUGAAAUCUUCCCUCUUUCUGUUCACAUCCCUCUGCGCUCUAGUAGCCGCCCUAGUCCAUGCUUCCUCCCCGGUUUCUCCCCUCCCUUCAAUCCCUGCAUCUGGCUCUGGGAUGAUGGUCGACAACAUACCUCCCAACAAUAAUAUCCCGGGCGGUGGUAUUGGCUCUUCUUCCCACAUGGUUAACGAACGUGCCCUCGCAAAGGCUGUCCCGGAUACAUACGACUCGUCCACAUAUCAUGACGCGGCCGCUGAAAAAGAAGCAGAAGAAUUGGCCCUCGCAUUGGAUGCUGCGAGUGAAAAUGCAGCGGAGGAUGAAGGUGCCGAUGAGAAUGCAAAGGUGAAGAGGAGACGCAAAAGUCGAGGAAGAAGGGAGACAGGAGCAUGUAGGAAGUACACUUCGGCUAAGUGUGAGGAGUGUCAGAUAGAGUGGAAGUUGUACCAAGCGUGUUUGUGCAAGAAGAAUGGAAGUGGUGUGGACGUGUGUAUGCAGGACAAACGUCAGAACUAUGACAUUUGUGCGAAGAAAGAGUGUCUAUAA